AUGCAUGUUGAUGUUGAUGUGUUUAAAGACGUCAAGUUAGAUAACAAUUGUAAUCAAACUUAUGGCAAUUCCAACAACACAGCGCCAAACGAUAAUAAACCGCAGAUGAAGUCCAACGAGUAUUGGGGCAAGCGAUCUCUUCAAUUCUCAACACUGGGUGAUACAUUUGAUGCACUUGGUGGGCAUAAACAAAAACCUGGUUAUUUGGGUAUUGGAGCAAUAGCUUCGAAUGGCGAAUGUUGUGCUGAAAUUGGAGGAAAAAUUUUACGCAAUGGCGGCUCAGCAGUAGAUGCUGCCAUAGCCACUUUAUUGUGCGAAGGUGUUAUGUUGCCUCAUAGUUUAGGUAUAGGCGGUGGAUUUGUAGCUAACCUAUAUACCAAAGAAACCGGUAAAAUUGAAAUUUUAAUCGCAAGAGAAACAGCACCAGCUGCUGCUCAUCAGGAUAUGUUUAUGGCCAAAGAAAUUACGGGUGCCAUUGCGGCCGCAACGCCCGGCGAAAUUUACGGCUAUUGGUGUUUGCAUCAGAAAUAUGGCAAAUUGCCGUGGAAAACUCUAUUUGAACCGGGCAUUGAAUUAUGUUUUAAAGGCCAUCGAGUAACUAAAUAUUUAGCCAAUAUUUUAGAAUUUUAUAGAGAGCGAGUAUUGAAAGAAGCGACAAUGGCCGAAAUAUUCAUAAAUCCUUACACUAAUGACUUAUAUAAGGAAAACGAAAUUAUGUACCGUCCCCAACUAGGUGAAACUUUAAAAAUAUUGGCUGAAGAAGGUCCAGGUGCAAUGUACGAUGGAGGUCGUAUUGGUAAAAUGUUGGUCGAAGAUAUACAGGAAAUGGGUGGCAUUAUUACUGAAGAGGAUUUAAAAAAUUAUAAAGUGCGCUGGGAGGAACCAAUAGUCAUGCCUUUUGCGAAGGACUAUAGACUGUUUACAGCUCCAUUACCUACUAGCGGUGUUGUAUUGGCUUUUAUAUUAAAAGUUUUGGAACCAUUGCAUACAACCGAUGAACCUGUCUUCUGCCAACGUAUGAUCGAGGCAUUUAAACAUGGUUACGGAUUUCGCACCAAUCUGGGUGAUACACGCUACGAGCCGCAUGUGACAGAAGAAUUUGAAAAAUUCAUUAGCCCUGAAUUUGCUGAUGAUAUACGCACAUUAAUUAGAGAUGAUACGACUUGCACAAAUAUGGGAUAUUAUAAUGCAAAUUUUACUCACGUUGAAGAUCAUGGUACCGCCAAUUUAUCGGUGAUAGCGCCGAACGGUGAUGCCAUAGCAAUAACUAGUACGGUGAACAGUCAUCUGGGUGCCAAGGUUAGAUCUCGUCAGACGGGAAUUAUAUUAAAUGAUGAAAUGGAUGAUUUUUCUACCCCGGGAUUUGUCAAUACGUACGGUAUACCAGCUUCUCCUGCCAAUUAUAUUAAACCGGGCAAAAUACCGAUGUCGUCCACAUGUCCCAGCAUCGUUUUAGACAAUUUUGGACAUAUUCAGUUAAUGGUCGGCGGGGCUGGUGGUUCAAAGAUAACCAGUGGUGUUGCUCAGACAAUACUACGUUAUUUUAUAUUGAACGAACCCAUCGAAGCUGCCAUUAAUUCUGGCCGUGUACAUCAUCAAUUGUCACCGAUGUAUAUCGAUAUCGAGACCACGGUACCUGAAUAUACUAUCGAUUAUUUACUUAAUGUUGGACACGAAUUGAAUUACUUAUCACCCGACAAACCGUUCUCAGCUUUAACGGCUAUCGGUUUUAAAACGGGUAAACCUCAUCCGGUAUGUGAUGGCCGCCGUUUGGGUAGUACAGCGCUAAUAAAUUUUAAUGCUUAA